AAGCUCUGGACAACAAGUUCUGGCGAACUCAGACACGGAGCCCCUGUCACUGUCCAAGCCGAGACCCACAUACCGAAAAAUCAUCACAGACAUGUCAGAAGAGGAGCUGAGGUGCCCUCACGAGGGAUACACUCGAAGCGACCAACUGUCUUAUCAUGCAUAUCUGAAGCUGCCACAGCUGCUCCAGUGCCAAGAACUAGCCAGCUCCCGGCAUGGAAAGGAAGUUCACGAUGAACACCUGUUCAUCAUCACACAUCAAGCAUACGAGUUGUGGUUCAAGCAGAUUCUCUUCGAAGUGGACUCAGUGCGCAACCUUUUCAGUCAACCGUAUCUGGACGAAAGUAAAAUGCUGAAGAUCCUCAAUGAGCUCAACAGGGUUGUGAUGAUACUAAAGUUGCUUGCCGACCAGUUCCACAUCUUGGAGACCAUGACGCCUUUGGACUUCAUGGAGUUCAGAAACUAUCUAUCGACUGCAUCCGGCUUCCAGAGCCUGCAGUUCCGACUACUUGAGAACAAGCUUGGUGUUUCAGAGAAUGCCCGAGUGAUGUACAACCAGCAGCACUACCGAACGGUCUUCAACGACCCCGUGUCCAUCAAGCAGUUGAAAGACUCACUGGCAGCUCUCCUACUGGCUCUUGUAGAGAAAUGGUUAGAGCGCACCCCUGGUCUGACAGAGAAAUCUUUCAAGUUCUGGGACUUCUUCAAGCACAGUGUCAAGAGAUGGCUGAGCGACUCCAUCCUAGAGCCUGCACAGAGAGAGACUGAUGAGAAGGCGAAGAAUAUCAUGAUGGCUGAAUAUAAAAAGCAACAGGAGAGCUUUGAGAGUAUAUUCGAUGAAGAGAAAUACGCCGCACAGGUAGCCAGAGGUGACCGUCGGCUCAGUCAUCGUGCGUUCCAGGGGGCGAUGAUGAUCUCCCUGUACCGCGACGAGCCUCGCUUCAACCAGCCUUUCAAGCUGCUCACCCUCCUCAUGGACAUAGACUCGCUCAUGACCAAGUGGCGAUAUAAUCACGUGAUGAUGGUACAACGCAUGAUCGGAAGUAAAGUCGGGACGGGUGGCUCAUCGGGAUACCAGUAUCUUCGAUCCACAAUCAGCGACCGCUACAAGGUGUUUGUCGACCUCUUCAACCUGUCCACCUACCUCAUUCCACGUGCCUACAUCCCGCCCCUGACGGAGCGACUGAAGCGCCGCCUGUCCAUCCUUUGCGCAGAAGCUCUUGCAGACCAUGAUGACACUGAGAACGAUGGCAUCACUUCCGGGAGGAAUCGCACCCGCGGUGUAGAUGAAAACGAAGUCAAUGGCGUCACAUCCGGGUCAAAGAUGGCUGUGGUUCAAGAUGACAGCAGCGAUGACGACAAAGAGAAUGACUUGCACCGAGGCAGCAGAGUGAAGUUCACACUGUAGCUGUAAUGGCAGCAAUGAUGGCAACAGAUGAUCAUAGUCCAGUAUUUUUAUAAACACUUGUUUAACUGUUGUUGUGCCUUGCAAGGCGAGCGAUCUUUUAUUUUGUAUCGUUGCUGGUUGCUGAGGGCAAUCAGUGUUACAAUCAGUUGUACAGCCGGCCAUUGUGUAUGACCUUUGACAUUUGUUGACAAGAGUUUCGUGUCAGCAAGGACCGUUGAAGGCUCUCCCCGAGGCAUUGCCCUUCGUGUUCAUCUUAAAUAUCUCAAACGUUUAGUUCUUAUUGAAAAAUAUGAAAGAAAACUUUUGUUUUCAUUUAUCAGAGGAUGGUUUUCCUGAUGUGAAGAAUGCUGCUCGAUAAAUAUUUUAUUUCCCUUUUCGGGACUAAGCCACCUCCUCAUAGCUUGACAUUGGCAAAAAGUUAUGAGAGAAACUGCGACACGUUGUCUCCAGAAUAUCUUUUGAUUUGAUACUUCACUAGUAUUUUUUUCAAGUGUCUGUCUUUAUUGGUGCCAUGACAUGUCGUGUCGUAUGCAGACGACUCUAGAGCCUGAUUCUCUGCCAUCUUCGGAGACCGGUUAUAGGUUGUAAUUAAAAAAAAAGACUUGCUGCAAUGCAAA